CAUUUCCCUGGCAAAACAGAAAGGAUAGAAGGAAGGAAGGAAAGAAGGAAUGGAGGGAGGAGAGUCUGCACACCUGUGAAGCUCAAGAUGGUCCUGAGCGGGGCACUGUGCUUCCGGAAUUUCCUGCCUAGGAGUGGCGAAGUGAAAGUCAGUGCACCAAGCAGAAGUAAAGGCGAAAGUAAAUCAAGGCUCAUAUUAAUCUGGAAGAGGCCUGGGAAGUAGCUAAUGCAUCUUCUUAGUUUAGCAACGGAGAGACUCAGGCCCAGAGAGGAAUGAAGGAUGCGGCACUGAAGGUGCUUUAUCUGCACAAUAACCAGCUCCUAGCCGGCGGGCUGCAAGCAGGGAAGGUCAUAAAAGGCGAGGAGAUCAGCGUGGUCCCCAACCGGUCUCUGGAUGCCAAGCUUUCUCCAGUCAUCCUGGGCGUCCGGGGCGGGAGCCAGUGCCUGUCGUGCGGGAUGGGGCAGGAGCCGACUCUGAAACUAGAGCCGGUGAGCGUCAUGGAGCUUUACCACGGUGCUGCGGAGUCUAAGAGCUUCACCUUCUACCGGCGGGACACGGGGCUCACCUCCAGCUUCGAGUCAGCUGCCUACCCAGGCUGGUUUCUCUGCACUGUGCUCGAAGCGGACCAGCCUGUCCAGCUCACCCAGCUCCCGAAGGAUGCCAGCUGGGACGACCCCAUCACCGACUUCUACUUCCAGCAGUGCGACUAAGGCCCUAUGCCCCCAGGGCUCCCGGGGCCAGGCCAGCUCUGGCAGGGGCGGGAGGUGAGCAUCCCACCUUCUCUCACGGGGCCGCACCUGGGAUGUACCGGGUACAUGGCCGCUCUUCCUCCAUCUGUUUCCCUAGUUUAGGUAAAUCCUGCUGAGAUUCGGGGCUUAGUCCAACAUUUGCUUCCCUGAUAAAUGGCACUACUGGGGUAAAACCUGGCAAAAACCAUAUGAGAUAACCCCCUAAGGGGUCAGGGUUGGGGAAGAGGUGGAAAUCCUUCAUACUUUGUGGUAACUGCCCCCGUGGCCCUGAGCAUCCCAGGCCAGCUCAUCCCCAGUUGCACCUAUGAAGGCUCAGCUGCCCGCGUGAUGUCCCCACUGUGUGAGAGAGGGACAGUGGCCAUAGCGUUAAGGCCAACAUCCAGCCUCCUCUUCCUUCUCUCUAAUUCAGCUGCCGCCAUAUGCUGCCUCUUCCAUCUCUACCCUCCUGCUCUGGCCGUGGGCAGGAGAGGCUGGAGGUGUCCAAGGAAAUGGCUUGAGCUCAGAAGACCUCAGAUAGACAUGUCACACUUUUUGAAACCUGAGGUACAAUUAAAACCGCAAAUGCUGGUGUCUGUUCGCCUGAAAAGAUGCUCAUGACAUAUUGGGUGAGAAGAACAAGUUACAAGGUGGCAUAUCCUGUAAUCUCAUUUUAAUGCAAAAAAAAAUCUAUCUAUAUAUUUCUGCCCA